GCCCUCUUCACCCGGUUGCUGCUGCAGGAGCCUGGAAACCACCUGAUUUACAUGACCUCCGCCAGCACACAGAACCUCUCCGCAGACCGGGACGCUGGGGAGAGACAGAUUCUGCACUACCUCUACGCCUGUUUCCAGAGGGCAAGAGAAGAGAUCACUAAGGUCCCAGAGAACCUGCUGCCCUUCGCCGUGCGCUGCCGGAACCUGACCGUGUCCAACACUCGCACUGUCCUCCUCACGCCCGAGAUUUAUGUCAACCAAAACGUUUACGAGCAGCUGGUGGACCUGAUGCUGGAGGCGCUGAGAGGGGCACACUUUGAAGACGUGGCCGAGUUUCUCGAGGAGGUCAUCGAAGCCUUAACGAUGGACGAGGAGGUGCGGACGUUCGGGGAGGUCAUGGUUCCUGUGUUCGAUAUCCUCUUGGGCAGAAUCAAGGACCUGGACCUCUGCCAGAUCCUGCUGUACACAUACCUCGAUGUGCUCCUCUACUUCACGAAGCAGAAGGACAUCGCAAAGGUUUUUGCAGGCUAUAUCCAGCCCAAAGAUCCCAGCAAUGGGCAGAUGUACCAGAAGACUUUGCUAGGUGCCAUUUUAAACAUCUCCUGCUUGUUGAAGACCCCCGGCCUAGUGGAGAACCAUGGCUAUUUUCUAAAUCCGUCUCGAUCCAGCCCACAGGAGAUCAAAGUGCAGGAAUCCAACAUCCAUCAGUUCAUGGCCCAGUUCCACGAGAAGAUCUACCAGAUGCUGAAGAACCUGUUGCAGUUGUCUCCCGAGACGAAGCACAAGAUUCUCUCCUGGCUGGGAAACUGCCUCCACGCCAACGCGGGCCGCACCAAAAUUUGGGCAAACCAGAUGCCGGAGAUCUUCUUCCAGAUGUAUGCCUCAGAUGCCUUCUUCCUCAACCUGGGAGCCGCUCUCCUGAAGCUGUGCCAGCCCUUCUGCAAACCAAAAUCUCCGAGGCUGCUAACCUUCAACCCUACUUACUGUGCCCUGAAGGAGCUGAAUGAAGAGGAGAGGAGGAGUAAGAACGUGCACAUGAAAGGUCUGGAGAAAGAAACGUGCUUGAUACCCGCUCUGAGCGAGCAAGAGCCCGAGUUUGCCAACAGCUACAAUCUGGUGACAGAAAACCUGGUCCUCACGCAGUACACCCUGCACUUGGGAUUUCACAGGUUGCACGACCAGAUGGUAAAGAUAAACCAAAGUCUUCACCGCCUGCAAGUAGCGUGGCGAGAAGCUCAGCAGAGCUCCAGCCCUGCUGCUGACAGCCUCAGGGAGCAGUUUGAGCGCCUGAUGACCAUCUAUCUCUCGGCCAAGACAGCGAUGACGGAGCCGCAGAUGCUGCAGAACUGCCUGAAUCUGCAGGUGUCCAUGGCGGUUCUGCUGGUGCAGCUGGCUGUGGGAAACCAGGGGACGGAGCCGCUCGAGCUCAGCUUCCCGCUGCCGGAGGUGCAGAACAGCGCAUUGGCCUACGUGCCAGAAUUCUUUGCUGAUAAUCUGGGUGACUUCUUCAUUUUCCUGCGGCGUUUUGCUGAUGACAUCUUGGAGACUUCUGCCGAUUCUCUGGAGCACAUCCUUCACUUUGUUACUGUUUUCAUGGGUGAUGUAGAGAGGAUGAAAAAUCCUCAUCUACGAGCCAAGCUGGCAGAAGUGUUGGAAGCUGUGAUGCCUCAUUUAGAUCAGGCCCAGAACCCUCUUGUCUCGAGUGUGUUUCAUCGCAAGCGAGUGUUCUGCUCUUACCGAAACGCUGCCCAGCUUGCCGAGGCGCUCAUCAAAGUCUUUGUGGACAUCGAGUUUACCGGUGACCCGCACCAGUUUGAGCAGAAGUUUAACUACCGACGCCCCAUGUAUCCCAUCCUGAGGUACAUGUGGGGCACAGAUUCCUACCGGCAGAGCAUAAAGGCUCUGGCUGAUUACGCCUCUGAGAACCUGGAGGCAAUGAACCCCCCCCUCUUCUUGCGCUUCCUUAAUUUGCUCAUGAACGAUGCCAUCUUCCUGUUGGAUGAAGCCAUACAGUACCUCAGCAAGAUUAAAGUGCAGCAGAUCGAGAAGGACCGCGGCGAGUGGGACAGCCUGUCCCAGGAGGCUCGCCGCGAGAAGGAGUCGAGCCUGCAGAUGUUUGGUCAGCUGGCGCGUUUCCACAACAUCAUGUCCAACGAAACCAUUGGCACUCUGGCCUUCCUCACCUCAGAAAUCAAGUCUCUCUUUGUGCACCCGUUCCUUGCCGAGCGCAUCAUCUCCAUGCUCAAUUACUUCCUGCAACACCUGGUUGGUCCUAAAAUGGGAGCGCUGAAAGUCAAGGAUUUCAGCGAGUUUGACUUCAAGCCGCAGCAGCUCGUCUCUGACAUCUGCACCAUCUACCUAAACCUGGGGGAUGAGGAAAACUUCUGUGCCACGGUGCCUAAGGAUGGCCGCUCGUAUUCACCGACACGGGUUCUGAAGAAAAUCAACAAGCCCGGCAACAUGAUAGUGUCGUUCAGUAACCUGGCUGAGAGGAUUAAGUCUCUUGCAGACCGCCAGCAGCAGGAGGAGGAGACAUAUGCAGACGCCUGCGACGAAUUCCUGGACCCAAUCAUGAGCACGCUGAUGUCAGACCCUGUGAUCCUGCCCUCCUCCCGUGUCACCGUGGACCGGUCGACUAUAGCCCGACACCUCCUCAGUGACCAGACAGAUCCUUUCAAUCGGAGUCCCCUCACUAUGGACCAGAUCAGACCAAACACCGAGCUUAAGGAGAAGAUCCAGCGGUGGCUUGCAGAGAGGAAAAAGCAGAAGGAGGAGCUGGAGGACACACUGGACUGA